ACUCUCCGUGAUCGCCGUUGCACGUCUGCUCGAUCCCCGCCCGGCCGCCGGCAUGCCGCUGUCCGCAGAUCCCCAUUUCAAGAAGCUGCUCGAGUGGCACAAGGCGAACGCAUCCAAACUCGUCCUGCGGCAGCUGUUUGAGGCCGACAAGGACCGCUUCCAUAAGUUCAGCCUGACUCUGAAUACUGAUCAUGGGGAUAUCUUACUGGACUACUCGAAGAACCUGGUUACAGAAGAAGUGAUGAAAAUGCUGAUUGAACUGGCGAAGUCAAGGGGUGUGGAAAGUGCCAGAGAACGAAUGUUCAGUGGAGAGAAGAUCAACUUCACUGAGAACCGAGCUGUGCUUCACAUUGCUCUGAGAAAUCGUUCCAAUACCCCAAUACUUGUAGAUGGGAAAGAUGUUGUUCCAGAAGUAAACAAAGUGUUGGACAAAAUGAAACACUUCUGCCAGAAAGUCCGUAGUGGUGAAUGGAAAGGCUACACUGGAAAAGCUAUCACUGAUGUGGUCAAUAUUGGGAUUGGUGGCUCUGACUUGGGGCCUCUGAUGGUAACUGAAGCCUUGAAACCAUAUUCCAAGGGAGGUCCACGUGUUUGGUUUGUAUCUAACAUUGAUGGUACUCAUAUAGCCAAAACCCUGGCUGAGCUCCACCCAGAAACCACACUCUUCAUCAUUGCAUCAAAGACAUUCACCACCCAAGAAACUAUCACCAAUGCAGUAACGGCCAAAGAGUGGUUCCUACAUGCUGCUAAGGAUCCUUCAGCUGUGGCCAAGCACUUCGUUGCCUUGUCUACCAAUGGUCCUAAAGUUAAAGAGUUUGGAAUUGACACUGAGAACAUGUUUGAGUUCUGGGAUUGGGUUGGUGGUCGCUAUUCCCUGUGGUCAGCCAUUGGUCUCUCCAUCGCCCUUCAUAUUGGUUUUGACAACUUUGAGAGCCUGCUUGCUGGAGGCCACUGGAUGGAUAAACACUUCCAUACUGCUCCACUGGAGAAGAAUGUGCCUGUUCUCUUGGCCAUGCUGGGAGUGUGGUAUAUAAACUGCUACGGAUGUGAAACCCAUGCACUUCUGCCCUAUGACCAAUAUAUGCACCGCUUUGCUGCCUACUUCCAGCAGGGUGACAUGGAAUCUAAUGGCAAAUACAUUACCAAGAAAGGAUCUCGUGUGGACUACAAUACUGGUCCUAUUGUGUGGGGAGAGCCUGGCACCAAUGGGCAGCAUGCAUUUUACCAACUCAUUCAUCAGGGAACACGCAUGAUUCCCUGUGACUUCAUGAUCCCAGUACAGACUCAGCAUCCUGUCAGAAAUGGUUUGCAUCACAAGAUCCUUUUGGCCAACUUCCUUGCUCAGACUGAGGCCUUGAUGAAGGGAAAGACUGCUGAUGAAGCUCGUAAGGAACUGCAAGCAGCUGGACUGAGUGGAGAUGCUCUGGAGAAGCUUCUUCCCCAUAAGGUCUUUGAGGGUAAUCGCCCAACCAAUUCCAUCAUGUUUACAAAACUCAACCCAUUCACUUUGGGAGCAAUCAUUGCCAUGUAUGAGCACAAGAUAUUUGUUCAGGGGGUUGUCUGGGAUAUUAACAGCUAUGAUCAGUGGGGAGUUGAGCUUGGAAAACAGCUUGCCAAGAAAAUUGAGCCAGAGUUGGAGUCAGAUGCUCCCGUGACAUCUCAUGAUAGCUCAACAAAUGGGCUCAUCAGUUUCAUCAAAAAACACAGAGCCUGAAGUGAAAGUUCCUGAGGACAUCGACAAUCCAACCACCGAAUACUCGAGUCUGUUGUAGUUGUGCUUUUUAGCCACUUCUAACAAAAAUAGCACUUUACUGAUGUAGCUUCUUCACUUGUUGCAGUUGACCUCGUUGUGUCAAGUGUUAUAAAUGAAAACUAGUUUUGUGAAACCCAGAGAUUCUAUAGGUGCUUUCUAUUUUUUUGGUUGUUAAUCUGUAAAGUGCAGUUGGUACGUUCCUCACUUCUUAUCCGUCAGCUUCCUUAAAGAUGAUCACAGUGAUAUUAGAAAAUAAAAGAUAUGAUGGAUGAGUA